UACUUCCUGUUAAAAUGUCUGCAGCCGGUCACCUGUCGACUGGAAAGAUAAAUCUCAGUCUACUGCGUGACUUCUACAGAAGAGAACUCCUAGAGUCACUGGAUAGAUGUUCAGGAACAAAGGCUUUGGUUUGGGAUGAUGCAUUGACUGGAGCAUUCGGACUAAUAGCAGAAUACUCCUUGUUGAAGGAACAUGAGGUGGAAAAGAUGUUCCCCCUGCGGUCCUCAGGCCUCCCUCCCUCCAAUGUGCAGAACAUCAUUUUUGUCACACGGCCAAAACUUAGCCUCAUGGAGCAGAUUGCACAAAAUUUACUGCAAGAAGAACAAAAGGGAGGAUUUAGAAAGGAUUAUCAUAUCAUCUUUGUUCCCAGAAGAAGUUUGCUAUGUGACAAAAAACUCAAGGAGAUGGGAGUGUACGGUACGAUAACAAACUUUGAGGAAUUCCAACUCUCUCUCAUUCCUUUUGAUUCUGAUCUACUUUCCAUGGAAAUGGAGUCUUCGUUUAGGGAGUGUUACCUGGAGAACGACUUUACAUCAAUGCACUACGCAGCACAGUCCCUAAUGACUUUACAAGCUCUGUAUGGUAUCAUACCUAACAUCUGUGGCAAAGGAGACUGUGCCAAGCACAUUGUGGAUAUGAUGCUGCGUAUGAGGAGAGAACUUGGUGGUCGUGAGCCACAGAUCACACCUCAAAUAGAUAACCUGCUCAUCCUUGAUCGUAAUGUGGAUCUACUAACACCCCUCCUCUCACAGCUUACCUAUGAGGGGCUCAUAGACGAGAUGUUUGGUAUCAACAACACCAGUGUAAAACUUCCCCCAGAAAAGUUCCAGACCGGAAAUCAACAACAGGAAGAUCCUCAGGGAGUCUCCUCCGAGCCUAAAAAGGUCAUCCUCAACUCUCUCGACGAACUGUAUGCUGACCUCCGCGACAAAAACUUCAAUGCUGUAGGAUCCAUUGUUAGUAAAAAGGCAAAGGUUAUCACGGCAGAAUUUGAUGAGCGACAUACUGCAAAAACUGUGAGUGAGAUGAAACAGUUUGUAUCUAAGCUUCCCCAUUUACAGCAAGUCAGGGCAUCACUCUCCACACACACGUCCAUUGCUGAGUUGGUGAAGGAGGCCACGGAUACGGAUGAGUUUAUGGACUCAUUACGCUGUCAACAAGAAUUUAUCAAUGGUGUGGAUACUGACAAGAUCCAUCCGUAUAUAGAGGACUGUAUGGGUAGACAGGAGCCAAUCAAUAAGGUACUACGACUGGUGUGUAUACAGUCCUUCUGUAAUAACGGACUCAAGCCUAAAGUCCUGGACCACUACAAACGAGAAAUUAUACAGACAUAUGGUUAUGAGCACAUGGUUACGCUUAUGAACAUAGAAAAAGCUGGACUGCUACGUCCCCAUGGAAACAGAUCAUACCCAGCCAUAAGGAAAUCCAUGCGGCUAAUAGUUGACGAUGUCAAUGAGCAGAAUCCACAUGAUAUAGCGUAUGUAUACAGUGGGUUUGCUCCCCUCAGUGCCAGACUGGUACAGUAUUAUGCACGACCAGGCUGGCGAAGUAUCACCGAAGUGCUCAACCUCCUUCCUGGCCCCACCGUGGAGGAGAUACAACAGAUUCCUGUCGCUCUCCGCAAACGACGGAGUUCCAUAGGAUCUACGCAUUCCAGUACUGGGGAGCAGAAGGUCACUCUUGUGUUCUUCCUGGGAGGGGUCACGUAUGCAGAAAUAGCAGCAUUGAGGUUCCUGGCCCAGCAAGACGAUGGAGGGACAGACUACCUGAUUGCCACUACAAAAGUUAUCAGUGGCACAUCCUUUCUCAAGUCUAUAGCAGAGGAGCUCUCAGCAGUGAAAAUGAAUCCGUUUUGAUAGGAUCGUGUCAUAUGAGGAUUCAUAUCAUCAGAACCUGACUCAACUGCAUUGUCAGUAACAGCGGGAAGCUGUCUUCCGGAAUGAAGCCACCAGGAACAAGUCGCCACUCAUAUGGUGCCGAUACGUUUUUAGGUACAUCUAAUCCUGGAAUAUGUGGUUCAGCUAGCGCUGUGACACCUCCCCCAAAUAUGAAGAGUUCUGUAAUAAGUUAAAAUUCUGAAUGACAAGAUGAUCCUUCUUUGUUGGGAGAAUCAUUGUGGAACUGGAGAUAUCCAUUACAUUGUGGAACUGGAGAUAUCCAUUACAUUGUGGAACUGGAGAUAUCCAUUACAUUGUAGAACUGGAGAUAUCCAUUACAUUGUGGAACUGGAGAUAUCCAUUACAUUGUGGAACUGGAGAUAUCCAUUAC